GAAAUCGAAUGUAAUCUAAGAGCGCUUGCGAAAGCACUUCGUUGACCUUACUCUUCCAACCAACAGAGAACUGGUGGAGAUUGUCAACAAUUGCCACUGUUUUGGAUCAAGUAUAUUUCCAAAAUCUCAUGCCAUGAUUUGACAUUGUUGCAGCAUUAACGAGGAUAUUUUUGUGAUAUUCUACGAAGCCAGAGCUUGUGGAGUGUUUGAGAGUUCAUCGCUGAGAAAAUGGCGACUCUUCUCUACAACGACUCGAAAGCGCCUAUGCGCAAUGUCAGACGUGUGCAGUUCGGUGUUCUCAGUCCUGAUGAAAUGAGGCGAAAUUCUGUGACAGAGGGUGGAAUCCGCUACUCUGAGAUCAUGGAGGCCGGCAAGCCCAAGCUUGGUGGAUUGAUGGACCCAAGACAAGGUGCCAUUGAUAGAACAUCAAGAUGCCAGACUUGUGCCUGUAACCAAACAGAUUGUCCAGGUCACUUUGGUCACAUGGAGCUUGCCAAGGCAGUCUUUCAUAUUGGUUUCUUGACUAAAACCAUCAAGGUUUUGAGAUGCGUCUGUUUCUUCUGUUCAAAGCUCCUGGUUGAUGCGAACCAUCCAAAGAUCAAGGAGAUCCUCAUCAAGACGAAAGGGCAACCCAGAAAGCGUCUGCUUCACGUCUACACUGAAUGCCGUAAGAAGAAGAUGUGCGAGGGAGGAGAGGAGAUGGACCAGACCUUUGAUGCUAACCUCGCCCAGAGGGAGGGGGAAGAGAUGCCAGAAAAGAAAGUGAGUCAUGGAGGUUGCGGUCGCUACCAGCCUCAGAUCCGACGUAGCGGUCUGGACCUGAGCGCCGAAUGGAAACACGUGAAUGAAGACUCACAGGAGAAGAAGAUUGUCCUCACGGCCGAGCGGGUCCAUGAGAUCUUCAAGCGUAUCUCAGACGAGGAGUCCAUAGCUUUGGGAAUGGAUCCCAAGUUCACGCGUCCGGACUGGAUGAUCAUCACCGUGCUCCCUGUCCCACCCCUCUGUGUCAGGCCGGCUGUUGUCAUGUUCGGAUCAACUAGAAAUCAGGACGAUCUAACGCAUAAGUUGGCCGACAUCAUGAAGAUCAACAAUCAGCUGAAACGUAAUGAACAGAACGGAGCUGCGGCACACAUCAUUGCAGAAGACACAAGGAUGCUACAGUUCCAUGUAGCUACCAUCAUUGACAAUGAACUGCCAGGAUUGCCAAGGGCCAUGCAAAAGUCCGGCAGACCUCUCAAAUCCCUCAAGCAGCGUUUGAAGGCCAAGGAAGGUCGUAUUCGUGGUAACCUGAUGGGAAAGCGUGUGGACUUCUCGGCCCGUGCUGUCAUCACCCCUGAUCCCAACCUGAUGAUUGAUCAGGUGGGUGUGCCCAGGACCAUCGCUACCAACCUCACAUACCCAGAGAUAGUGACUCCAUUCAACAUUGCCAAACUGCAAGAGUUGGUGUCCAGGGGUCACAACCAGUACCCAGGUGCCAAGUACAUCAUCCGAGACAACGGAGAGAGGGUGGAUCUCCGCUUCCAUCCAAAACCCAGCGAUCUUCAUCUGCAGUGUGGAUACAAGGUCGAGAGGCAUUUGCGUGAUGAUGACGUGGUUAUCUUCAACCGUCAACCCACACUUCACAAAAUGUCCAUGAUGGGUCACAGAGUGAAGAUCUUGACAUGGUCAACCUUCCGUCUCAAUCUUAGUGUAACCACCCCUUACAACGCUGACUUUGACGGAGACGAGAUGAACCUUCACGUUCCCCAGUCCAUGGAGACCAGAGCCGAAGUCAGUGAGAUGAUCAUGGUAUCCCGUAACAUGAUCACACCUCAAUCUAACAGACCUGUCAUGGGUAUUGUGCAGGACUCGCUGUGUGCCAUCAGGAAGUUCACCAAGAGGGAUGUCUUCGUCACGAAGCCCAACGUGAUGAACCUUCUCCUUUUCCUGCCUAACUGGGAUGGUAAGAUCCCCAAGCCAGCCAUCCUGAAACCCAGACCUCUAUGGACCGGCAAGCAGCUCCUAACGUUGGUCAUCCCAGACAAUGUCAACGUGGUCAGGUUUCACAGUACUCACCCCGACGGAGAGGACAGAGGUCCGUACAAGUGGCUCUCCCCUGGAGACACAAAGGUGUACAUUGUGAAUGGAGAACUGAUCACUGGUAUCGUGUGUAAGAAGACCGUUGGCGCAUCGGGAGGUACACUGGGUCACAUCAUCUUCAUGGAGAGAGGUCACGAGAUUGCCAAGGAGUUCUACAGCGUCGUCCAGGUCCUUGUGAACAACUGGCUACUCCUGGAAGGUCACUCCAUUGGUAUUGGGGAUUGUAUCGCCGACGCCAGCACCUACGACGACAUCCAGAACACCAUCCGCAAAGCCAAGCAAGACGUGAUUGAAGUCAUCGAGAAGGCUCACAAUGAUGAACUGACUCCCACGCCAGGAAACUCACUCAGGCAGACCUUUGAGAACCAGGUGAACAGGCUGCUGAACGAAGCUCGUGACAAGACUGGUGGCAGUGCCCAGAAGAGUUUGUCUGAGUUCAACAACUUCAAGACUAUGGUGGUUGCUGGUUCCAAGGGAUCCAAGAUCAACAUCUCUCAGGUUAUUGCCUGUGUGGGUCAGCAGAACGUUGAGGGUAAGCGAAUCCCCUUUGGUUUCCGUCACCGCACCCUGCCUCACUUCAUCAAGGACGACUAUGGUCCAGAGAGCAGAGGCUUUGUAGAGAACUCCUACCUUGCCGGUCUAACGCCGUCCGAGAUGUUCUUCCACGCCAUGGGAGGGCGUGAAGGUCUCAUUGAUACUGCUGUCAAGACUGCUGAAACUGGUUACAUCCAGCGUCGUCUGAUCAAGGCUAUGGAGAGUGUCAUGGUACGCUACGAUGGCACCUGCAGGAACAGCAAUGAUCAGCUGGUACAGCUGAGGUACGGUGAGGACGGUCUGGACGGCACGUCGAUAGAGUUCCAGAACCUUGCCUCGCUCAAACCAUCCCACAAGGCCUUUGAGAAGAGGUUCAAGUUUGACUACAACAAUGAGAAGAUGUUGAGGCGUUGCUUCAAUGAGAAGAUCGUGAAGGAUGUGGUGGCCAACGCCCACGUCCAUCUGGAGCUUGAGAAGGAGUACGAUCAGCUGAAGGAAGACCGAGAAGUCCUCCGAAAGAUCUUCCCCAAGGGAGAAAGCAAGGUGGCUCUUCCAUGUAACUUGGAUCGUAUGAUCUGGAAUGCACAGCAGAUCUUCCAUAUCAACACAAGACUGCCGUCAGAGCUUCACCCCUCCUUUGUCUUAGAAGGUGUACGUGACUUGAAGAAGAAGCUGGUGAUUGUAAAGGGCGAGGAUGCUAUCAGCAGGCAAGCCCAGGAGAACGCUACCUACUUGAUGAACUGUCUCAUCCGCUCCACGCUGUCUUCCACCAGAGUAGCUCAGGAGCACAAGCUGUCUCCGGAAUCCUUUGAAUGGCUCCUAGGAGAAAUAGAGACCAGGUUCAACCAAUCUCUGGCUAUGGCAGGUGAGAUGGUGGGAGCCCUUGCUGCCCAGUCCCUGGGAGAACCUGCCACUCAGAUGACCCUCAACACCUUCCAUUUCGCCGGUGUGUCGGCCAAGAACGUAACCCUUGGUGUACCCCGUCUCAAGGAGAUCAUCAACAUCUCCAAGAAGCCCAGGACUCCAUCCCUGACGUGCUUCCUGCUAGGCAAGGCUGCUAGAGAUGCUGAGAGAGCUAAGGACAUCCUAUGUCGCCUGGAGCACACCACCCUCCGCAAAGUGACCGCCAACACGGCCAUCUACUAUGACCCCGAACCUCAGGGCACGGUUAUCGCCGAGGACCAGGACUGGGUCAACCUCUACUACAUGAUGCCGGACUUUGACCCCACCCGCAUCUCGCCCUGGCUCCUCAGGGUCGAGCUGGACCGGAAGAGGAUGACCGAUCGCAAGCUCAGCAUGGAGCAGAUCGCCGAGAAGAUCAACGCAGGGUUCGGGGAUGAUCUCAACUGCAUCUUCAACGACGACAACGCGGAGAAGCUCGUGCUGAGGAUACGUAUCAUGAAUAGCGAUGAGAACAAGUUCCAAGAUGAAGAGGAGCAGGUAGAUAAGAUGGAGGAUGACGUGUUCUUGAGGUGCAUUGAAUCUAACAUGCUGACGGACAUGACACUCCAAGGCAUUGAACAGAUCGCAAAGGUAUACAUGCAUCUGCCUCAGGUGGCCAACAAGAAACGUAUCAUCAUCACAGAGGAAGGAGAGUUCAAGCACAUCGCAGAGUGGAUCCUGGAGACGGACGGUACGGCUAUGAUGAAGGUCCUCAGCGACCCUGAAGUAGACCCUGUCAGGACGUUCUCCAACGACAUCUGUGAAAUCUUCCAGGUAUUGGGUAUUGAAGCUGUGCGUAAGUCUGUAGAGACUGAGAUGAACCAUGUGAUCUCCUUUGAUGGUUCCUAUGUGAACUAUCGUCACUUGGCCUUGCUGUGUGAUGUGAUGACUGCCAGGGGUCAUCUCAUGGCCAUCACCCGUCAUGGAAUCAACAGGCAGGAUGUCGGUGCCCUCAUGAGGUGUUCCUUUGAAGAGACGGUUGACAUUUUGAAUGACGCCGGUGCUCACGGAGAGACGGAUCACUUGAAGGGUGUGAGUGAGAACAUCAUGCUUGGCAAGCUAGCUGGCCUUGGCACGGGUUCCUUUGAUCUGCUGCUCGAUGCAGAGAAGUGCAAACACGGCAUGGAGAUCCCCAUGGGCAUGGGAGCAGGGCUAGUUGGUAUGCCUGGGAUGUUGUUUGGUGCCAUGGGCUCACCAUCACAGAGUAUGUCACCUCAGAUGACACCGUGGAACCAAGGAGCUACCCCAAUGCAUGGUGCAAGCUGGUCUCCAAUGAUGGGGAGCGGUAUGACUCCAGGAGGACCCGGAUUCAGUCCCGCAAACUCUGAGAGUACCGGUUUCAGUCCAGCUUACAGUCCAGCCUGGUCACCGCAACCUCAAUCUCCAGGCUCCCCAGCAAACAGUCCAUACAUUCCAUCCCCAGCUGGACCUAUGUCACCCAGCUACUCUCCAGCCUCACCUUCUUACCUACCGGCAUCACCAGCCACACCUCAGAGUCCUGGGUAUUCCCCUACGUCUCCGUCGUACUCCCCCACCAGCCCUGGGUACUCACCGGCUAGUCCGAGCUACUCACCAACCAGUCCAAGUUACUCACCGACAUCACCGAGUUACUCCCCAACGUCACCAAGCUAUAGUCCAACUAGUCCAAGCUAUAGUCCUACUAGCCCAAGCUAUAGUCCAACGUCUCCAAGCUACUCCCCAACUAGUCCAAGUUAUAGCCCAACUUCUCCUAGUUAUUCUCCGACUAGUCCAAGCUACAGCCCUACAAGUCCUAGCUAUUCGCCAACUAGUCCAUCUUACUCGCCUACGUCGCCAAGUUACAGCCCGACUUCGCCCAGCUAUUCCCCAACCAGCCCGUCGUACUCUCCGACAUCCCCAAGUUAUAGCCCGACAUCACCCAGCUAUUCGCCAACAAGCCCUAGCUAUUCACCAACUAGUCCCAGCUACUCUCCUAGUUCUCCCAAGUACUCUCCGACGAGCCCCUCGUACAGUCCAACCUCUCCCAGCUACUCGCCUCAGUCACCGAGUUACAGCCCUGGAUCACCGAGCUACUCCCCAUCCAGUCCCAAGUACUCUCCUACUAGUCCUUCCUACAGCCCCACUUCUCCCAGCUACAGCCCCACAUCGCCCAACUUCAGUCCAAGCAGCCCCACCUAUUCCCCUGCUAGCCCGAGCUACUCUCCAACGAGUCCUAAGUACUCGCCCUCCAGCCCCAAAUACUCUCCCACCAGCCCCACCUACUCACCGACAUCGCCCAAAUACAGCCCGGCGUCGCCCACAUACUCGCCUACCAGCCCCAAGUACAGUCCCAGCUCCCCCACCUACUCCCCUACCAGCCCCAAGGGCUCCACCUACUCCCCCACUUCACCCAGCUACUCGCCCACUUCUCCAUCCUAUAGUCCUACAAGCCCUGGCAUGGGUGAUGAUGAUGAAGAUUAGACUUAGUCAUGACACUCCUGGGUCCUGUUUCAUAAAACUUGAUAUCAAUAACAAGUUAAAAGCUAUUGUUAUAAGCUACUGAAAUCAUGGCAUCUGAUUGGCUGAGAUCAAAUUUGUCACAAAAAUUUAGCAGUUGGUAUAGAUAACAAGUUUUAUAAAACAGGCCCCUGAACCUCCUACAUGCUUUCCUGCGUGACGAAGCAGUUCAGUGUCUGAUACACACGUUGCCUUUGGAUGUCUCGCCCUAUGCUUGAAAAUGGACAAUGCUUAAUAGGUUCGUGCAUCUUUGACGAAUAUCCUUGUGCCAAGAGUUUGACUAUGAUUCUUUGUCCUGGUUGGCAUAAGAGAAUAAGAGCAAACUCAACUUUACUGUAUUUAAUGCUGUUGUUCAAUGCUUCUUCUUUUGAAUUUUCUCUUGAUAAAGAGGUUAUACUGUGAAGAAACAGGUUUUUAUAUUUGAUCAGGUGUGUGCUUUUUGCUAUUGUUACGAUGCUGAGAAACGUUAGGAAGGUCAGUAAUUGCUAUCCCCUUAUUCAUAAUGUCAUAUACUAAUUUUGAUGGAAAUCUGAUAUGCAAGUAUAGUUGAGGAUAAGCAUAUUGUAUACAUGUGUGAUUGAUGAAAAUCAUGAUUUUAACGUAAAAUAAAAUGAUGUGCAUGAAAUAUUGAGAGAAACCUAGAAUGCCUGUGUUGUCAACUUGUACUUUAUGACAAAAAUAUAUCCAUGUUGUUUAUGCCCAAGAGUAACUUACUAACUUUCAAUGAAAGUUCAUUUAUGUGAGGAGCUUAUAUUCAAUACAUGUAUUUGUAUCAAUGGGACUACAUACAUUUGAAAUUGUAUAAAAUCAGUUCACAACAAUUUAACCUGUUUUUACAGUUAAAAGAGGAAAAUGUCAUAACUCUUGUUUGUACAUUUCAUUGUGUAUUUACAUUUUUUGGAGUAUAACUUUCGAUUUUUCUGGGUGGGGAGGUAGGGGGGUAGACUUAAAACACAGCUUAGGAGGAAAAUAAGGAACACCAACAAAAAUCUUAAAAGCUUUAAAAAACAACAACGCUAUGCUGAUGUUUAUUAACUUCAUGUAGACUGUACAGUAUUAUACUCUUGUUCUCCAAGCAGUGUUACUCUAUGUGAUAGUUUAUCGCAAUGGAACAGUUUUCAUAAUUAUAAAUACAUGUGCUUUUCAAGACGCAUAAAUGAAAGUUCCUCAUUUCUUCAUGAUAUAUGUAGACUUUUAUGAUGUUUUCAGAAAAGGAGUGAUACUUUCUUGUCAAGUUUUGAAUCGGGUAUAUAUAUUUCAUGAACCCUGUAAACCUUUAGUUUUCAAGCCACAUUUCCAGCUGUGAUUGUGUGGUUACAACUGUAUGCAUACAUUUGCAACUAUUGAUUGAAUUCAUGGAUUGUGCCCUGAAAAGGUUGGAUCAAGUAUAAAAAAAAGAAGAAUAAUUUACAAAAAAUGACUGGAUUGACCAGAUAUGUUGAGUUUCACAACUGUCAUUUGUGUAGUGGUGGUUAUUUUACCUGACUGCUAAGAAAGCAUAAAUGCUUGUUUGUAAGCAACCAGAGGACCGACAGCUUUAGGUCCUCUCCGAAAGACCUGGUCAUGAGUAAAUGCCUUGCCAAAGAACACUAGCGCAUCGCCUUGGUUUUGAACAUGGGUCACCGGAUUACAAGGCCACUGCUCUACCAACUGAGCUAUCGCGCCUCCUUUGUUUUUAUUGUAUAAAUGACUUCUGUUAAACCAAUUACUAGUA